AUGGCUGAAACCACCCCUGUGGAGGCCCGGGUUAAGCCCACCAAGCCCGAUGAGGAUACCUACAAAUCCAGUUUGGCUCAGGCCGAGAAGGAGCACACCGCUGCCCAGGAGAAGCUGAACCAAGUUAAGGCCAAGCUGGACAGCGCCAAGCCUAACAACCAGGACUCUCCUGUCGUCAAGAAGCAGCAGGAACUCCGCGCCGAACUCUCCUCGAUCCGCCAGAAGCAGUCCGGCUUCAAAUCCUCCCGCGCUAGCAUCCAGGAGAAGAUCAAUGGUCUGGAGUCAACCCUGAAGGCUCGUAUCGCCGAGCAGAACAACUCCCGCGGCAAGAUGUCCUUCAAGAAUGUUGAAGAGAUCGACCGGGAGAUCGCCCGCCUCGAAAAGCAAGUCGACUCUGGUACUUUGCGAUUGGUGGAUGAGCGCAAGGCUCUGACUGAUAUCUCCCAGUUGCGCAAGCAGCGCAAGGGCUUUGCUGGUCUCGAGGAUGCCCAGAAGGGUAUCAACGACCUCAAGGCGCAGAUCUCGGAGCUUAGAAAGACAAUGGAUAACCCCGAGGCGAAGGCUCUCGGCGACAAGUACGGCGAGAUCCAGAAGGAGCUCGAUGCCAUCAAGGCCGAGCAGGACGGUGUUUACAAGAAUCUGAACGCCCUCCGCGACGAGCGUACCAAGCUGCGCAACGACCAACAGAAGAAGUUCGCUGCUAUCCGCGAGAUUAAGGACAACUACUUCAAGGCUCGUCGUGCCUACAAGGAUUACGAGGACGAGGCUUACCGUGCGCGCCGUGAGCGCCAGAAGGCUGAGCGUGAUGCCUUUGAGCGUGAGAAGCGCAAGAAGGUCGCUGACAAGAAGCUUGAGGAAGCUUCAAACCCCGCCUAUGUUGAUGAGAUCCUGACUGCCCAGGGACUGAUUCGCCAUUUCUCGCCCUCUUACGACUUUGCUGCUCUUGGUCUCAGUGACAAGAAGGAUGAAGGUAGCAACUUCCGUGCCGGUGUCGGCCGCACUGUGGAAGACUCUGCUAUUAAGGGUAUGAAGGUUGUGCGCAAGGACGAUGAGGAGGACUACUUUGUUGGCAGCGGUGGCAAGAAGGGCAAGAAGGGUGGCAAGAAGGGUGCCGCUGGUCCCGAGGCAACUAAGUUCAACAUGAACGUUGGCAUCAUCGAGGAUUUCAGCAAGGUCAAGAUUGACCCUCCCAUGAACCAGUCUGAUGUCCCUGCUGCCAUUGAGAAGCUUGCUGCUAAGAUCACUGAGUGGAAGAGCACUCAGGCCAGCAAGACCGAAGAGAACAUCGCCAAGGCCAAGGAGGAGAUUGCCCGACUUGAAGCCGAAGAGACCAGCGCUGAGGAGAAGACCAAUGGUCGUACCGACGCUGCGAAGAAGGUAGCCAAGGCCAAUGCGGCCCCCACAGCUGAGGCCGAGCUGGCCCAGGAGCAAGACGCUGUUACUGAUGCUGCUGAAGACCUCAAGGCUGCGACCUUGGAGGACGAGGCAUAA